AUACGUCAUAAGAAAGUGCAUUAAUAAAAUAAAAUCUUAAUUGGCAAGGUCAGUAGUACUGCAAAGUGUUGUAGUCGAAUGCGGCGCGCGCGCAGGGCACUCGUGUACAAGAAGCAAAUCGCUUUUCCAAUUCGAACUUCGAAUAACGAUUUAGAAGGUUUCGCUUAGUUGUGCAUAGUGUUUCCGGAGCCGCCAAAUAUCAUUUAAAGACUAGAAUUAAAAAAAAAAAACUUCAAUAUAAAUUUGUAAUUUUUAUAUAAAGAUGAUCUUAUUAUUAAUACCCCAAAAAGUGGACAUGUCUCUAUCGAUACAAUAGAAUCAACGAGUGUAAUUACAGAGGUGUACAACCAUUGUUCUACGACGAGAUGAUUAACGCCUAUGUAUGGAUUUUCUUGCUGAUCCUACAAUGCGUACUCGUUUCACCGCGACCUGUACACGAUCAAAAACAAGUAACUCCUAAAUAUGACUACAAUACUCAAAGUAUACCAAAGUAUGACAACACAGGUUAUCCACGUGAUGAACAAGUUAUUUCUGUGAGAAUUACGUCGUCAGUAGCUGUAGGCCGGCGGAAAGGAAAACAUAUUGAAAAUAAUCCUGAAACUACUAAUGAAAAUGGCCACGACGAAUCUUUUCUUGCCACAGAUGCAACAACAGUAAUAAGUAACACGGAAAAUGUAAGUAAUAUAGAAGAAUUAGAGAUUGCAACCGAUAUUCCACCUAGUCUUAUUGGGGCCAACAUAGAAUUUAUUAAACAACUUAAUGCGAAGAAAGAAUUACACGGCAUACUGAAUGAAGAAAACAUUCAUCCAUUUCAACUCAAUGCGAUGAAACAUUCCGAAGAGUUUCAUAGUCAUAACUUUGAUUCCAAAUCUAUUUCAGGAUUUGAAAGUCAUAAGGAUAAUUAUAAUGAUGACUAUAAUUUUAACCAUAACGAUUAUAAAUUAAAUACCAAAAAUCGAAACUAUAGUGAGGACACGAUAUUAAAACCACAUUAUGAUAUUAACAGCGAAAUCAGUACCAUUAACGAAAAUGUACCCCUAGCUCGAUCAGUUACAUCAUUAAAUAGCGAUCUUACAAAGAAGAAGAAGGAUAUAAUAAUUCCAGAUUCAUAUCAAUAUCAAAUACAACAAAAUUUAAACCACAAUGAAUCAGAGGAUUCUAUUGCUGAAUCAUCUAUUAAGUCAGUCUUAGAAAUCCAAGACAAAAAUAAUAAAAAUAUUGAUAACAUACCAAUUGCCAGAGCGGUAUCAAUAUCAUCGUCUUCAAAUAAUUAUAUUCAAGGUCUAACAAAUAAACCACUCGAUGAAAUAGGGAACAGUGCAAGUCUGACAACUGUUAGCUUUAAUAUAGUUCAUGAUGUGCCCAAUCAAAAUAAUUAUAAUGAACUUAGGAACGCAAACAGAAAUCCAAAUAUAGAUCAAGAGAAUGUCCAAAAAUUUUUUGAUCCGCCCACAAUUUACAGUCAACCUGCUAAAGUAUAUAGUGAACCUGCUAAAUUUUAUAGUGAGCCAGCCAAAGUAUAUAGUGAACCUGCCAAAAUCUACAGUGAACCGGCUAAAAUUUACAGUGAACCUGCAAAAAUUUAUAGCGAACCAGCAAAAUUUUAUAGUCAACCUGCAUCUCUACACCUAUCUCCAAGUGUUCCUCCAACUUACACUCCUUGGCAGCCUACUCCGCAAAAAUUAGACACAGCAAGUACCAGUAAUACUACUCCAAUUACCACUAAUACUAAAAUUCCUUCUGGUGUAAUGAAUAUACAGUCAGUUCCAGAACAUCAACCAGAGAAAAAUUAUGAAAUAGAUGAAAAAAUUAGCGUAUUGAGUGAAGGACGGAUACAUGGUAUUCAAGAAACAACUACGGAAAAAUGUAAGCAAGAUAAUUGUAAAGUAGGAUAUGUAGUAGAAGGACGGCAAUACAAGAAAUAUAGAGUGGAAGAAAGAACUUCAGAUGGCUUUAUAGUAGGAGAAUACGGAGUGGUCAGAAAUGAAGAUGGAGCAUUAAGAGGCGUCAGAUACACGGCAGACAGUGACGCUAGUCCACGUCUCAUAUAUGAUGCUCUUAUGAAGUUCCUGCAACUUAAAUGAAUUCAACUAUUCAGUACUUAUUUAAUAGAUAAAUAAAAAUAACAC